AUUAUCCUUCACAUUAUUUUAACAUCAUUUGUCAUAUUUUUACACUUUGUUUAUAUAAUCACGUUGUAUACAAUUGCCUUUUAUCCACUUUUUACUUGUUCUAAAAAUUCCACUUUUCGCUCCCUCAAACCCUGAUCUUGACUUCUUUUCCACCCUUCUCAUUAUCUCACAAUUGACAUCUUUAUUCACAACUGAUUUUAUAUUUUAGUUUUUCCUUUUUUUCUCAAUUUAUUUCAUUAUUUUACUUUAAAAAUUAUUUUUCUCUGUUAGAAAAUUUUGAGGAUAUUUUUAAUCUCACUUGAUACUGUUGAGGAUUUGGUAAUUUCCACUUGUCACACAAAUUCAAUUGCUUUUUUCUCAAUAUUUUACGAUUAAAUUAUGAAAAAUCUGGGAAUUUAGUGAUUUUGACGAGGAUUUUAUUCUAUGAAGGUGAACUGGGAGAGCUUUUCUUGUCUACAAUUGUACAACAAAUACUCCACCAAAUACAGAAAAACACCCUCUGACAUCGUUAAUCAUAUUCUCUCCUACCUUAACACGCAUAAUAUUACUGAGUUUAGUGAUUCUGAGGGCAUGGAUCCCGAAUAUACUGAGGGUACUGAUGGCAUGGAAAAGAGGAAACUAAAUCACACAAAUAACCCUAAAAUAAAUAAAAUACGUAAAAUAAAUUAUACACAAAAUGUAAACUAUUUCAAUGGUACAGAAUCUGACACUACCCCUGAAACUACUCCGGACUCAAGCCCUAGAGCUACUCCGGGCUCUACCCCUGAGAACACUCCUACUGAAACUCCAUUGACGAAUGGGAGUGACUUAAUAUUUGAUAUGAAGUAUUGUAGUUUACAGUUGCCGAUACCGCUGGAACUGUAUGCCGAAGACGACACAUACACACUGGAAACUGACCAGGACGAGUUAAUAAGAAAUUUUGACAUUUGUUAUGACGAGGAGUUGGAGAGUAAUUUGAUACUGGCUGAGCCAUUCCGUUUUUUAUGUAAAGUUCACAUCACAUUUGAUGACCAGUUUGGGCAUCAGUGGUGUUGCUGUUACUUUGACGCCAGGGGUAAUUACACCAAGAAAAGAUUCAACACAUCGGAUCUACAGUUUGACACGGCGAAAAUGCUAGCGCACAGGUGCAAAGAGGCGGCGGAACACUCGUUUCAUAACAUCUGGAUCCUGAAACAUAAAAACGAACUCAACCAACCAAUCCCAAACAAUCUCACAAACUCUCUCAUUAAUAUUAUUCACAGGGUUAAAACAGAAUUAAACUCACAACAAUGCCCAAACUGCUCCAUCAACAAUAUCAAACACAUACUUCACAACCAUUAAUUUUUUCAAGUAAAUUUAUUCAUUAUUAUAAUUAUUUUAUUUUUAAUGUGUUUUUUG